CAGUAGCGGGGAUGGGGUGGGAGUGAGUGAGAGAGCAAGAGAGAGCGAGCGAGAGAGCGAGAGUGAGGACGCUGGGCUGGAGAGCAAGGGAAGCCACCGCAAGUCCCCCGUCUCGGCCACCGAGCGGGUCUGCACGCAUCUGCUGUAUGGACCAGCGUGGCCAGCAGGCUCCUUUCUGAUCUUGUCCCACUGCCCUCCCCUCCUUGCAGACUCUCUGCAUCCCUCCCCCAAGGUGGCAUUAGCAGGCUUGAGGCUCCCAGGGGACGGGAACGCCUGGCCUGGCGUGCUUUACAGCGCACCAUGACCCUCUUGCUGCUGUCCCUCUUCGUGGCCUCUCUGCUCCAGCUCAGCUCCGGCAACAAAGCCAACAAGCACAAGCCAUGGAUUGAGGCAGAGUACCAGGGCAUUGUCAUGGAGAAUGACAACACGGUCCUGUUGAAUCCACCACUCUUUGCCUUGGAUAAAGAUGCCCCACUGCGCUAUGCAGGUGAGAUCUGUGGCUUCCGGCUGCAUGGAUCCGGGGUUCCCUUUGAGGCUGUGAUCCUGGACAAGGCAACAGGUGAAGGGCUGAUCCGGGCCAAGGAGCCCGUGGACUGCGAGGCCCAGAAGGAACACACCUUUACCAUCCAGGCUUAUGACUGUGGCGAGGGGCCCGAUGGCACCAACACCAAGAAGUCUCACAAGGCGACCGUGCAUGUUCGGGUCAAUGAUGUGAACGAGUUUGCCCCCGUGUUUGUGGAGCGCUUGUACCGUGCUGCAGUGACAGAGGGGAAGCUGUAUGAUCGCAUCUUACGCGUGGAAGCCAUUGAUGGGGACUGCUCCCCUCAGUACAGCCAGAUCUGCUACUAUGAGAUCCUUACACCCAACACCCCUUUCCUCAUCGACAAUGAUGGCAACAUCGAGAACACGGAGAAGCUGCAGUACGGUGGUGAGAACCUCUACAAGUUCACAGUGACAGCGUACGACUGUGGGAAGAAGCGGGCAGCAGAUGAUGCGGAGGUAGAGAUCCAGGUGAAGCCCACUUGCAAGCCCAGCUGGCAAGGCUGGAACAAAAGGAUUGAGUAUGCCCCGGGAGCUGGGAGCUUGGCUUUGUUCCCGGGCAUCCGCUUGGAGACCUGUGACGAACCAUUGUGGAACAUUCAGGCCACCAUAGAGCUGCAGACCAGCCAUGUAGCCAAGGGCUGUGACCGAGACAACUACUCGGAAAGGGCACUGCGGAAGCUCUGUGGUGCUGCCACUGGGGAGGUAGACCUGUUGCCCAUGCCUGGCCCCAAUGCCAACUGGACAGCGGGGCUCUCUGUGCACUACAGCCAGGACAGCAGCCUCAUCUACUGGUUCAAUGGCACCCAAGCUGUGCAAGUUCCCCUGGGUGGCCCAGCAGGGCUGGGCUCUGGGCCGCAGGAUGGCCUCAGUGACCACUUCACCCUGUCCUUCUGGAUGAAGCACGGCGUGACUCCCAGCAAGGGGAAGAAGGAGGAGGAGACCAUUGUGUGUAACACAGUCCAGAAUGAGGAUGGCUUUUCUCACUACUCACUGACGGUCCACGGCUGCAGGAUCGCCUUCCUCUACUGGCCACUGCUUGAGAGUGCACGUCCUGUCAAGUUUCUCUGGAAGCUGGAGCAGGUGUGUGAUAAUGAGUGGCAUCACUACGCCCUGAACCUCGAGUUCCCCACAGUCACACUCUACACUGAUGGCAUCUCCUUCGACCCUGCUCUCAUCCAUGACAACGGUCUCAUCCACCCACCCAGGAGGGAACCUGCACUCAUGAUUGGGGCCUGCUGGACUGAAGAGAAGAACAAAGAGAAGGACAAAGGAGACAACAAUGCAGAUACAACCCCAGGUACAGAGCUGGAGACCAGAGUUCUAAUCUCAGCUGUCUGUCUGCUUCACAAGCUGCCGUGGUACAGAGUCUCUAAACCAUACCAAGCAGGUGUCCUUGGUGCAGGAAGGCUGGGCAUGGCUUGGCUGGAUUCUGGGUGGUUUUUGUGUGUUUUUUUUCCCCCUGCUCAGAGAAUUCCUCCUGAGAUGGCUGGACACAGCCUGGCCAGCUCCCACCGGAACUCCAUGGUCCCCAGUGCCGCUACGCUCAUCAUUGUGGUCUGUGUGGGUUUCCUGGUGCUUAUGGUCAUCCUCGGCCUAGUGCGGAUCCACUCCCUUCACCGCCGCGUCUCGGGAACUGGUGGACCCUCAGGGGCUUCCACUGACCCCAAAGACCCUGACCUCUUCUGGGACGACUCUGCUCUCACCAUCAUCGUGAACCCCAUGGAGUCCUACCAGAACCAGCAGGCCGGUGUGGCAGGGGUUGCUGGUGGCCAGCAAGAGGAAGAGGACAGCAGUGACUCGGAGGCAGCUGACUCCCCCAGCAGCGACGAGAGACGCAUCAUUGAGAGCUCCCCACACCGCUACUGAGGCUCCAACCCUGCCUAGAGGGAGGCCUGCCCUGGAGGGACAGGCACCCGGGCAAGAAAGGGAGAAAGGCAUUCUGAGAGAAGAGAGACCAAGGCGAGACAGAGCUCUUCACGCGGGGUGCUCCUUCACUCUCAGAACCCAGCAGGCCCAGCAGGCCCCGCACGGGCCGCCCUCCUCCUCCAGCUUGCCCCUGCCUUGGGCUGCCCUUUCCCUGGCAUUCUGAGGCGUCUGCCCUAGCUGGCUGCGCUGGGAGAGGCUGGGUGACUUUGGCUGCCAGUCAUGCACUGUAUUGGGGAGGGAGACAUUAACAGCCAUGGUCAGGUGGGAAUGGGGUUGAUUAGGAGCCUGCUGUGUGCCCAUCUGUCCUGUCCAUCGGGCCUCCCUGCUUCCCUUAGGGUCCCCUCGCCUCUACUUCCAUUUCACUCUGGGGAUCCCCGCCCCCCUCUUGUCCUCUUUUCCUCUCCUGCCUGACCAGGCCCAAGGUCCUACGGUCCCCGUCCCUUUCUCCAUGGCCUGCUUGUGCCUAGGUUGUGGGGAAGGAGGCGGGGUGGGGGCCCCGGGUGUGUUAUAUAUAGUGUAUAUUUUUUCAAUGUUGUCGUGAGCACAGCUCCUGUGUUUCUGUGUGCAGCUCACAGCCUUGUAUGUGUGCGUGUGUGUGGCAUUGUCAUGUCCUGGGGUGAGGGUAGGGGAUGGGUGUGGUAAAGGAGGGCCACACCUUAGGGUUUUCAAAUAAAACAACCAGAAAAGAGCUCUAGCCUGCUGUC